GGCGUCGCCAGCCGCGGGGGCGGGCGGUGCUGCGGGCGGCCCCGGCCCUGGUCGCGGUCCCGGUCCCGGUCCCGGCCCCGGCCCCGGCCCAGGCCCAGAUGCUGAAUGAUCACUUAUGGUGAUGGCAAACCCUGCUGUUGUCCUUUAGACAUUUAUGGUUCAGAUGGGCGAGGAGGUUUUUAGAGUUAAAAUGGAUACAGUACAAAAGAGAGUCCAGGCAUUUGUGCGAGUCAAGCCGACAGCUGAUUUUGCUCAAGGCAUGAUCAAGUUUGGACGAGACAACAAGAGCAUAGACAUAUACAUCAAAAAAGAUGUCAAGAAAGGAGUUGUGAAUAACAGGCAGACUGACUGGUCCUUUAGGCUGGAUGGUGUCCUUCACAAUGCCUCUCAGGAACUGACUUACGAGACCGUAGCUGAGAAAUUGGUGUCUGAAGCUUUGAGUGGCUAUAAUGGCACUAUAAUGUGCUAUGGGCAAACCGGGGCUGGUAAAACUUAUACGAUGACAGGAACAACUGCAGACUACAAGCAUCGAGGAAUCAUACCCCGAGCUAUACAACAGGUUCUCAAGGCAACUGCACAUUGUGUUGAUCGAUUCGUCACUGUCCGAGUAUCCUACCUGGAAAUCUACAAUGAGACCUUGUUUGACCUUCUGUCCACCAUGACAAGCAGUGGGACCAGUGACGUGCAGAUGGCUGUAGUGGACUGCCCACAGGGUGUCUAUGUGAAGGGCUUAUCUAUACAUAGAGUUAGCCAUGAGGAAGAUGCUCUAAAUCUCCUGUUUGAGGGUGAGACCAAUAGAGUAAUAGCAGAACAUACAUUGAAUAAAAAUUCAUCCAGAUCCCACUGCAUUUUUACUAUCUAUAUUGAGUCUCAUUUCAGAGUUUUCUCAGAUGUCAAACGGAUUUCUUCAAAAAUCAACUUAAUAGAUCUGGCAGGCUCAGAGAGACUGGGUAAGACUGGGUCUGAAGGGCAGGUUCUGAAGGAAGCCACGUACAUCAACAAGUCUCUGUCAUUCCUUGAGCAAAUCAUCAUUGCCCUGGGUGAUCCUAAGAGGGACCACAUCCCCUUCCGGCAGAGCAAGCUCACUCAUGUUCUCAAGGACUCACUUGGGGGAAACUGCAAUACUGUCCUGGUGGCAAAUAUCUGUGGGGAAGCUGUGCAUGUAGAUGAGACUUUGUCUUCUCUUCGUUUUGCUACCAGAAUGAAAUGGAUCACAGCAGAGCCAGUCAUCAAUGAGACAUGUGAUGCAGGGUGGAUCGUGAAGACUUUGGAGAAGGAGAUUAUUUUUCUUAAGCGGGAGCUGGCCAUGCAUGACAGCUUGGUAAAUCGUUCUUUGGUGACUUAUGACCCUCUCACUGAAAUCCAGAUAGCAGAUAUUAAGUCUCAAGUCCUAAAAUACCUAGAAGGAUCCAUUGAUGAAAUCGAUAUAGUGAACAUCAGGCAAAUCCAGGAAGUUUUUAAGCAGUUCAAACUACUUUUAAGUCAACAGGAGCAGGAAGUGGAGGCCAGAUUACGAAGCAAGUAUGCUCUCAUAGACAAAAAUGACUUUGCUGCUGUUGCUGCUGCUCAAAAGGUGGGCGUAGUUGAUGUGGAUGGCCAUGUGGUGGGAGAAAUAGAUGGGCAGGAUUUUGGGACUGGAGCUGCUCCUUUUUCAUCCAAACAUAGUGGGAAGAAGAUGAAACCCAGGAAAACCAAAGAGCAGGGCAGCUACUUCUAUGGCCUAGCGCAUCUGCAUGGUUCCUCCCUGACCUUGCCCCCAAGACCGUGGGUUAGAGAGGAGAGGAUCCACCAAGGCUCUGUGUCCAUCUGUCUGUGUCCAUGGGGGCUCCUCUGUGCAGUUCUUCGUUUGGAGAAAUGGAACAAGAUGUGGAAGGAAGGAAUUGGGACCUCUCUUUCUGGGAAAGAUCUGGAUGUUCUUCUACAAUCAAAAAGUCAGAUAAUUUCCACCAAGGAUUUGGAUGCGAAAGAGGGAGCAAGAAACCAGGAUGCAGCAAGUAUUGACACACAGCCCCCAAAGCUAGCCCCUGUGAGGGACUCCCAGCAGCCCAGCUCCCCUCCAUCCAAGCUGGUGGCAUUUGAGCAAUUUAAGAAGGAGUGCGGCAGUGAGAUCAACCGCAUCUUUAAAGAGAACAAAAGCAUCCUCCUCGCCAGAAAGAAGAGAAGCAGUACAAUAGCGCAGAGGCUCAACCUGAUCAAGCGUGAGAUGGAGGGCAUCAAAGAGGCUCUGGGGGCUCAGAAACGGGAGCGGUGGCAACAGGGAGAGUAUGCUGAUGAGAAAGGACAGAUCAUAAUUGAUGAAGAGGAGUUUCUACUCAUUAUGAAGCUUAAGGACUUGAAGAAAGAGUACAGGUCUGAUUAUGCUGAACUUCAGGAUCUGAAGGCUGAAGUCCAGUACUGCCAGCAUCUGGUGGACCAGUGCCGGAACAAACUCGUCUCAGAGUUUGAGAUCUGGUACAAUGAGUCCUUCCUUAUCCCCAAGGAUGUGCAGGAUACUCUGAAGCCUGGUGGCAACAUCAGACCUGGAAUGAUUCCCAUAAACAGAGUCAUGUGCCUGGAGGAAGAUGUGCAGGACAGGUUUGAGCGGAUGCAGGAAGCAACGCUGCCAGCCUGUCCGGAUUCGGUCUCGUUCUACAACGCGAAAAUGAAGGCUGAUCAAAAGCACACGUACGCUAGGACUAUGUUGUCCCUCGAGCAAAUGCGCAAGAAACCUGGGCUCAUCACAGCUACCAUGAAGAACAAACCCCUGUCAUUUCUGCGUGUCACAUAGCAGAUACGGACUCAGCCCGGAUCCCGGCAUUCAGUGCAAGCGGGGAAAAGCAGCUUGGCCUCAGGAAGUGUCCCACGUGUGUUUUCAGAGUAGAUUUAUCAAAAAUAAACACCAGUAGAAACAAAA